AGCAGCAAGCCAGUCUGUACCAAUACUGUCUUUAUCGCUUGUCAAAAGCCGGUCGGUGCCCAGUAUCGAAUAUGUCCUGGCACAUCCUCGUGUGCUACCACACUGUAAACUAAAGUGCAUCUGUUAUCCGUCGUGUAAGCAUAUUUAUCCUGGAAUUACCAGAGUGUUGAUCAUCGGUCAGUUAUCGAUCAAGCACAGCUCACUGAAUCGGGAUUGUUUGCACCUACAGAUGUUUCGUCUAUUAUAAUGCAAGAUGCAUGCUGAUGCUCGGAAGUGGCUGCUCGACUGCGUAUCACUCGUCCUUGUAACCUCCUCCACCUACUGAAAACAAUCGUAAACAGCUGAAAAUCGUUGAUAUUUUGGGGUGAAGAAUGACCGAAUAUAAGCUUGUGGUUGUGGGCGCUGGAGGCGUGGGCAAGAGCGCUCUCACCAUCCAACUCAUCCAGAACCACUUUGUGGAUGAAUAUGACCCGACCAUAGAGGACUCCUACAGGAAGCAGGUGGUGAUUGACGGAGAGACAUGUCUAUUGGACAUCUUGGACACUGCAGGUCAGGAGGAGUAUAGCGCCAUGAGGGAUCAGUACAUGAGGACAGGAGAGGGCUUCCUCUGUGUCUUUGCCAUCAAUAACACCAAGUCCUUUGAGGACAUUCACCACUACAGAGAGCAGAUAAAGCGAGUAAAGGACUCGGAGGACGUCCCCAUGGUCUUGGUGGGGAAUAAGUGUGAUCUUCCGUCCCGCAGUGUGGACACCAAGCAGGCUCAGGAUUUAGCGCGUAGCUACGGCAUCCCAUUUAUAGAGACCUCAGCAAAGACGAGACAGGGUGUGGACGACGCAUUUUAUACUCUAGUCCGAGAAAUCCGGAAACACAAGGAGAAGAUGAGCAAGGAGGGCAAGAAGAAAAAGAAGAAAUCCAAAACAAAAUGUGUAUUAAUGUGAACAAGCCUUUCCUGUCAUUAUAGACUCAAAAAAAAAAAGUUUCACAACUGCAUUUUGUACAUUACACUAAAUUAUUAGCCGCCUCAGAAUACAGAAUGGAUCCUUAUUCUACUUGCUUUCUUAAAAGAAAUAAGCUUUACUUCUCGUUUGGUGCCAGUUGCCCCAAAGUGUUGGUCACCUUUAUGGCUUAUUUUAUCGGGUGGGCUGUCAGAACUGGUUUUAAUUUGCAGUUGGUUUAGAGUAGUUUGGCAGAUUUAUAAAGAGAGGUGUGGAAUUGAAGGCAAGGCUUUUAGGUGUGCUGUAUGAGAGAGAACUAGCCGUGUAGCUGUUUAGCCGUGAAAUUUGCAUGUGAGUCACUUGAUUUUACAGGAACUGAAACAUUGAGGAAUUACUUUUUUUUUAGGACCAACACUUUCAGAGGGAGUUUUGAUACAUUAUCACUGUGUAUGACCCUGCCUUUGGAUGUCCCAGACUUCCAAAAACAACCUGCAUGUGAACUUCCAUUGUAGACGGAUUAACGCGCCCUCUCUCGAAAGCCAUGGUAAUGUGUAUAUAUGGUGAAAUCUUAACCACGUUAACCUUAUUUCCCUGUUUGCAUGCUGUGUUCUGUUUUUCUAAACUUCCAGGGAACGGUAAUGCGUUGAAUACUGUAUAAUAGCCACUGCUGUGUAGACAGGAUUUUCUCAGUUGGUCCAAACAGGCGCUAUUGUUUCAACAAGGCCAUUGUGAUAUUUUUUCAGUUAAAUUCAUGAAGGUUUAUAUACAAGUCAAAAUCUGGUAAGAAGUAAUAUCAUGUAAAAAAAAAAAUUAUAAUAAUAAUAAUUGUCUUAAACCACAAAAUUAAAUGUUUUAUUAACUUAAGUUUUUAAACAAGAUGGUGAUCUGCAUUUUAUAAAAGCAAAGACUAUAGAAGACCCAAGACGUGUUACUCUUAUAGUUUUGAAUGGGGAACAAUGCAACACUCAAUAUGACCGCUCUGUUGAACGAAGCACCGCCUUCUUAGCAAAAGAGCCAAUCGCUAAUCAGUAAAGUCAUCGCUUCACUGCAGCUGCCAUUCGAAGUCGCGGUUGCUAUAGAAACAGUCAGCGUUCUGAGAAGCGCACUUGCUGGUCUAACCUAAGAAAUAAGCUUUUUAUAAUGCUAUUUGAGCAAAAUAAACAACAUUUAUGGUACAGUUGUUGUCAGAUUUCAUUGGGGAUUUUAAAAUAUGAGUUUAAUCGUAAGCUUAGUGAACAGUUUUGGAGAAUUUGAUGUUUCCCCAUACAAAGAGAUAGGUGCACUUGCAUGCCUGAGAGGCGUUUUAUACUCAUAGCGCAUUUAUACUCGCGCUAAUUAUUAGGUAUGUUACGUUUCUGACAGACAGCGUGUUGAAGCCGUGCAGGCCACAUUUUCUUUUCGGAAACCGAUAAGUCAAAACGUUUGUGUGUACAUUUGUUUUUUUGUUUUUUUUGGAAAUGUAUGCACUCCUUGAACCUCUGCUGGCUUCAUGUAAAUACAACCGAAUAUUGUGCAUGUUAUUUUUUGACAGACAAAAUGUUAAAUUCAGCUGUCGCAAAUUAAUUGACCUUUGAAAACACAAAUCUUUUAUUUAAACCCAUGAAAAUGCAGAUCUUGUUGUAAUUCAUAUUGAUAAAUCUUAAUAAAUAGUUUUUUUUUUCAUUACUACACCUUAGCAGAUUUUGACUAAAAAAUAUAAAGCUGCAGUUGACCAAUCAGAAUCAAGUAUUCCAGGUGCGUAAUAAUUCAAAUCUCUUUUCUGUAAGGAUCUACACUAGCGAACGCCUCACUUCUGCGCUCAGAGGAGGAUUUUUAUAACGUAUGAAUAUUUACCCUCUUGUGCCCAGCCAAACAGCGCCUUGAUUAGUGAAUAUAACCUACUGUACCACUAGUUGUUGUGAUGCAAAUAUACGUUUAAAAAAAAAAAAGGAAGAAAACAAAUGCCUUGUUUGUUUACGCUGCCAUCAACUAUCAAGACAUUCUAGUUCUAGAAGCCCAAUUCUAGUCGAAUCGAAGCUGAACGCAUAAAUUCCCAAGAGUCAGUCGCGAUCUAGUAUACUGUGGCACAUUUUCAGCCAUCACUCAAACCAAAGAGAGUGAUAUAAAGAUUUAUUUUGUGUGGCAAUACUUGUGAUGUCAUGAGAUGAUGUCAUGUAUAGGAGAUUUACAAUACAAGAGCAGAUUGUUGCUUUAAAACCUUCGGUGAGCUGUUUUACCAUGCGUCCUUAACCAUUACUAGUUUGUUUUUCUAAUAAUUGUUUAUAUAUCACCGUUUCACUAAUACAGAGAAAUCUACACGGGAAAUAAAUCAGGAUGUCCGCUCUUAUGCAACGUUAAAGUGUUUUGGGUGAUUUCUGUUCCCUUUAAAAUCAUUUACUAGCCGUCUGUAAUGCGAGUAGCAAAGUCAAUAGAUAUUUUUUGAAUCGUUUCUGAAAUGUUCUCUGUCUGUUUGUGUGCCAAUUGCAAAUGUUGAUAAAAUGGUUCACGUAUAAUUGGACCUUGUUUUAACAGCCUUUGUACGGUUGUGAUAAGAAAGAUGACUAUUUUGUAAAUUGUGCUUUUUUUGGUUUAAUGAAUUGAAUGACACUUAAUUGUAAUUAAGGGUCAUGUGUUAACGUCUAUGAGAAAGUGCCGAUCCGAGGUGGUCUUUCGCAUCUGUCAUGUUUUGGUGAAUGUGAUUAUUAAGAUGAAGAAAGCUGUUCUCAGAUCUGCACGGUUUUAUAAAUGCAUUAAUCUCAUCAGUCUUAUUUAAUGUGUAAUUAAAAGAAAUACAUAAAACCCA